AUGGCACGAUUGGCCGCCAUUUGGUGGUUGUUGUGGGCCGGUGUUGCGUUUAUAGAAGCAGAAAAUGAGGCAAAGUACAAAGACCCGAAACAGUCGUUGAAUGUGAGGAUCAGAGAUUUGAUGAAGAGAAUGACAGUUGAAGAGAAGAUUGGGCAGAUGACUCAGAUUGAGAGAAAGUUGGCUUCACCAAGUCUUGUCAACAAGUAUUUCAUUGGAAGUGUGUUUAGUGGAGCGGGAAGUGGGCCCGGGGCAAAGGCCGGGGCAGAGGAAUGGGUCAAAAUGGUGAAUGGUCUUCAAACGGGUGCGCUCUCGACCCGACUCGGCAUCCCAAUCAUUUACGGGACUGAUGCUGUUCAUGGCAACAAUAAUGUCUACAAUGCUACUAUUUUCCCUCAUAACGUUGGACUUGGGGCCACCAGAGACCCAGACCUUGUGAAAAGGAUUGGUGCAGCCACUGCAAUUGAAGUUAGAGCCACAGGAAUCCCAUACACUUUUGCGCCCGGACUUGCUGUCUGCAGGGACCCAAGGUGGGGCCGGUGUUACGAAAGCUACAGUGAGGAUCCUGAGAUUGUUCGUGCAAUGACCGAGAGCAUAACCGGUUUACAGGGUGACAUCCCGCCUGGUAAACGAAAGGGCAUCCCCUUUGUUGCUGGCAAAACAAAAGUUGCGGCUUGCGCUAAGGAAUUUGUGGGGGAUGGUGGUACAAUUGGAGGUCUAGAUGAGGGAAAUACCAUGAUCGAUUUUCAAGGGUUGCUUAGCAUCCACAUGCCCCCAUACUUAGACUCGAUUGUGAAAGGUGUUGCAACUGUCAUGGUGGGUUACUCUAGCUGGAAUGGAGCAAAGAUGCACGCGCAUCAUGAUCUUCUCACAGAUUACCUCAAGAAAACGCUUAAAUUCAAGGGUAUUGUCGCAUCAGAUUGGAAGGGUAUCGAUAGGAUUACGACCCCUCCAGGGGCAAACUACUCUUAUUCAGUUCAAGCUGGAGUUCUUUCCGGACUAGACAUGGUUAUGCUCCCCGAAAAUUUUAUGGAGUUCAUCGAUAUUCUGACUUUUCAAGUGAAGACCAACAUCAUACCGAUGAGAAGAAUAAAUGAUGCUGUGAGGAGGAUAUUACGGGUCAAGUUUGUCAUGGGUCUCUUUGAGAACCCGUUGACUGAUCUAAGCUUGGUUAACCAGCUCGGAAGUCAGGAACACAGAACACUGGCAAGGGAAGCCGUGAGAAAGUCACUUGUUCUUUUGAAGAAUACUAAGAGUUCUAAUCGGCCAUUAAUUCCCCUCAAAAAGAAGGCAAGCAAGAUAUUAGUAGCAGGAACUCAUGCUGAUGAUCUCGGCUAUCAAUGUGGAGGCUGGACAGUGAAAUGGCAGGGCGUUCAGGGCAAUGAUCUCAUAGUUGGAACCACAAUCCUAAAGGCUGUAAAGAAUACAGUCGAUCCUUCCACCCGAGUCGUCUACAAGAAAAACCCCACCGAAGACUACGUGAGGUCGAACAAUUUCUCUUAUGGAAUUGUGGUGGUGGGCGAGGUCCCAUACGCCGAGAUGUUUGGAGACAGCAAGAACCUAAGCAUAGCCGAACCAGGGCCGAGCACAAUUAAUAACGUCUGUGGGGCCCUCAGAUGUGUGGUUGUCAUCAUAUCUGGGCGCCCACUCACAGUCGAGCCCUUUCUUGCCCAGAUGGACGCACUCGUGGCCGCAUGGCUUCCGGGAACAGAAGGCCAAGGCGUGGCCGACCUCCUAUUUGGGAACUACGGUUUCACGGGAAAACUCGCCAGGACUUGGUUUAAGUCGGUCGAGCAGCUUCCCAUGAACGUAGGGGACCCACAUUAUGAUCCCCUUUUCCCGUUUGGGUUUGGCCUGACAACUGAAGCUAGCAGUGCGAGAUGA